AACCCUAAACCCUAAUUGUCAUUUUAAAAGCACCAGCAGUGACUGAAAGUUUUGUGCGCCCCUAGCUACUAUCUUCUUGUAGGCAUAACCUCAACGCUCUUCGCUCAUAGUAUCGCAGAGAUGAGACCUCCUAGAGGCCGUGGUGGUGGUGGAUUUAGAGGAGGUAGGGGUGAUGGAGGUGGAUUUAGAGGAGGUAGGAGUGAUGGAGGUGGAUUUAGAGGAGGUAGGAGUGAUGGAGGUCGAGGCAGAGGCAGAGGUAGAGGUGGUGACAGAGGAGGAGGGCGUGGUGGAGGAAGGGGCCGUGGUGGACGUGGUGGUGGAAUGAGGGGUGGGAGCAAGGUUGUGGUAGAGCCUCAUAGACACGAGGGUGUGUUCAUCGCCAAGGGUAAGGAGGAUGCACUGGUUACUAAGAAUAUGAUACCUGGUGAAGCUGUGUACAAUGAGAAGCGAAUCUCUGUGCAGAAUGAAGAUGGCACUAAAAUUGAAUACAGGGUUUGGAACCCCUUCCGAUCAAAGUUGGCAGCUGCAGUUCUUGGUGGUGUAGACAAUAUAUGGAUUAAACCUGGUGCAAAAGUUCUCUACCUUGGAGCGGCUUCUGGGACUACAGUCUCUCAUGUUUCUGACAUUGUUGGCCCCGAUGGAGUGGUCUAUGCUGUGGAGUUCUCCCAUAGAAGCGGUAGAGACCUUGUUAACAUGGCAAAGAAGCGAACCAAUGUGAUUCCAAUCAUUGAAGAUGCAAGACAUCCAGCCAAGUACAGGAUGCUUGUUGGAAUGGUGGAUGUGAUAUUUUCUGACGUAGCUCAGCCUGAUCAGGCCAGGAUUUUAGCAUUGAAUGCUACCUACUUUCUGAAAAAUGGAGGUCAUUUUGUAAUUUCAAUCAAGGCAAAUUGUAUCGACUCCACCGUUCCUGCUGAGGCGGUAUUUGAGAGUGAGGUGAAGAAGCUCCAGCAAGAAGAGUUCAAGCCUGCUGAACAGGUCACCCUUGAACCUUUUGAGCGAGACCAUGCUUGUGUGAUUGGUGGAUACCGUAUGCCCAAGAAGCAGAAAGCAAAAGCCUAAGUGAUGUGGCUAUGCUUUAUGCCCUCUGCCGGAUGCGGGUUAAAUCUUGAUACUGAAUCUAAAAGCAGGCAACCAGAUGGACUCGGGUGGCAUUAUUGUUAGUGUUUUUUUUCCUGUUCUCUUUUUGAUUUUGACAAUGAAUGAAUGUUAAUCAAGGAUGCUGUUAAGAGCAUUUUAACUAUUUGUAAUAAGUCAGUGCGUUUGUUGUUGUACCCAUGCUUACAUGGGCCGUUACAUGUACCGAUUUGUGUAGUUUAUGUGACGUGCUAAACAAAUUUAUAGUAAACUAUCAUUUUGGUUAUCGAAAGAUACACUUUUUUCCAA